AUGGAGUCAGAUCUUCAGCAGCAUCCAACUAUGUUUCUAGAUCAUCAAAAUCAUCAUCACCAGCCACAAAUGAAUUCUGGGUUAACUCGAUUUAAAUCUGCACCAAGUUCAUAUUUUUCGAAUAUUAUUGAUAAAGAGUUCUAUGAGCAUCUUUUUAACCGACCUUCAAGUCCUGAAACAGAACGAGUUUUUGCUCGGUUUAUGAAUAGUCUUAGUGGUAGUGGUAGUGGUAGUGGCGGUGGUGAUGCUGAAAGUGCUUCUGUUGCUGUUGCUGUAGCUGCUGGAGAUGAUGAUUCACUGACUCAGAAUCUACUAACUGUUCAACAACAGCUUCCUAUAGUUAAGGAAGAGAUUGAGCAACAAUCUCAAACUUUGAUGAAUUCAAUGAAUAAUGAAACUGUGGAUGUUCAACAGCUUCAACGACAACAAAGUAAUAUGAAUAAUUAUGGUUCCUCUGGUCCUCAGAAAUUUUACCAAAGUUCUGGAAGACCACCUUUGCCAAAUCAAAUGAAGACUGGUAGAGGAAGCUGUUCUAAUCUUAUUAGACAUGGUAGUUCGCCUGCUGGAUUGUUUUCAAACAUUAACAUUGAAACUGGUUUUGCUGUUAUGAGAGGCAUAGGAACGAUUGGAGCUGCUAACAGCACUAGCAAAGAAGGAAAUUUCUCUUCUUCUGCGGUGCUGUUAAAGAAUGUGAGGGCUCCGAACUACUCGUCGGUGUUAGGAGGUGAAAUCGGGAAUAGUAGCAAUCCACAAAAUAAUCUAGAAUCCGAGGGUUUUGCUGAAACUCGGGGUAAUGAUUUUAUCCCGGGUUUCCCUUUAGGUUCUACAUGGGAGGAUACUGCAAUGAUAUCCGACAACAUUACCGGUCUAAAAAGAUACAGAGAUGAUGACGAUGUAAAACCAUUUUCUUCCGGUUUAAAUGCGGCUGAUACUAAGAAUGAAACAGGAGGCCAGACUCCUGCCACUCCUUUGGCUCAUCAGACGAGUAUGCCUAAUACCACGGCAGAAUUGGCAGCCAUUGAGAAGUUUUUACAGUUGUCAGAUUCUGUUCCAUGCAAAAUCCGCGCCAAGCGCGGCUGCGCCACUCACCCGAGAAGCAUUGCAGAAAGGGUCAGGAGAACUAAAAUUAGCGAGCGAAUGAGGAAACUACAAGAUCUGGUGCCGAACAUGGAUAAGCAAACAAACACAUCAGAUAUGUUGGACUUAGCUGUUGAGUACAUUAAAGACCUACAAAAACAAGUUGAGACUCUUUCACAAAAUAGAGCAAAGUGCACGUGUUCACAUCACCAAUAA